CAUACAUGGACAUUGUAAUCUAUGCGUCUUUGUCUGGACUUAGUAACGGCAUUACUACUACACUUACUGCAAGCUAUUUGCACAGAGUGCAAUGAAGCAGAACCUUUUUGUCUUGCUCAGCAGAUGGCAAAACAAACUCAUUUCUUUAUUUACUAUUUAUGGCCAUGUAUCACUGCUGAGAAACUGAUAUUCAGAAGCAUUAAUUUAUCAUAGCCUACUUUUGAUUUGAUUUAAAUGAGCUGUAUUUUGUAACUACAAGUUGUAGUUAUGGUUUGGCGCAGAAUGUCAAGGCUACAAAGAAACAUAAUUUCUAUGUCCUUAGCUGUUGGUGUAGUUGUCUCUAUUUACAUAUUAUUACACAGAAAAACUUCAACAGGUAGACAAGAUCCAAUGAAUCAACCUCCAUGGGGACAAAUAGGUGUGGAUUAUUUUCAUUUUGAGAAUGAUGUACAGCAGAGAAACGGAAAUGUUGGUGGCAAGAAGGAUGAAACCGUGAUUGAUGGUCCUGGUGGUCCAGACAUAGCGAAUCAGGGCGAUCAAGAUAACAGGGUUGAUGAACCUGUGAUACACCAACCAGCUGGUGGUGAUGAUGAUGACGGUGAAGAUGAUAAUGUUGAUAAGAUUGCCAAUGAACGACCAAACAAAAGUCAACCAAAAUAUGGCCCACAAAAUGAGAAGCAGGAAGCCAUAGUGGCUGCCUUUAAGCAUGCUUGGAAGGCUUACAAGGCAUAUGCAUGGGGGCAUGAUGAGUUAAAGCCAGUCUCCAAGUCCUGGAAUGAAUGGUUUAACCUAGGCUUGACGAUAGUGGAUUCUUUAGAUACUAUGAUCAUUCUAGGCCUUGAAAAAGAAUUCAAAGAAGCAAGAGAUUGGGUUGCUAACGAUAUGAACAUCAAACCACGCAAGGAUGUGAAUUUGUUUGAAACGACGAUACGAGUGUUAGGGGGAUUAUUAUCAGCCUACCAUUUAUCUGAUGAACUAGUAUUCUUGGAAAAAGCUAAGUUACUUGGAGAUGAAUUAUUACCAUGUUUUAACAGCAAGUCCAGCAUACCUUUUGCUGACAUUAAUUUAAUGACUGGGGUUGCUAAAGCGCCCAAAUGGGGUCCAGAUAGCACAGUUUCAGAGGUUACAACCAUACAGCUGGAGUUCAGGGACCUGAGUUUUACAACAGGUGAUAUGAAGUAUAAAAAAGCAGUUGAUAAAGUUAGCAAGCACAUUCACAAUCUACCGAAGGAAAGUGGUCUUGUUCCCAUAUUCAUUAAUGCAAACACUGGUCAGUUCCGUGCUCGUUCAACCAUUACAUUUGGCGCCCGUGGAGAUAGUUAUUAUGAAUAUUUAUUGAAACAGUGGGUUCAGACAAGCAAAAGUGAGCAAAUGUUUGUUGAUGACUAUCUAGAAGCUAUGGCAGGAGCCAAAGAGAAAUUGGUGCGGACAUCUGAACCAAAUAAAUUAACUUUUGUUGGAGAAUUGUUAAGUGGAGAUCGUUUUUCUGCAAAAAUGGAUCACUUGGCUUGUUUCCUGCCUGGAACGCUAGCCCUCGGUUACAAGAAUGGACUAGAUGAAUGGCAUCUACAACUAGCAAAAGAUCUUAUGCACACUUGCUACCAAACAUAUGCAUUUACUGCGACCAAAUUAAGUCCAGAGAUUUCUCAUUUUAAUAUGGUACCAGGGGCACGUACAGAUGAUAUAAUUAUUAAGCCUGCUGAUGCACACAACUUACUACGCCCUGAAACAAUUGAAAGUCUACUAUACUUGUAUCGUAUAACAGGUGAUAAAUUUUACCGUCAAUGGGGCUGGGAGAUAUUCCAGGCAUUUGAGCGCCAUACAAAAUUACCCUACGGCUAUUCAUCAAUAAGCAAUGUUCAAAAUGCAAAAAAUCCUGGAAUUCGUGACAAAAUGGAAAGUUUUUUCUUAGGGGAAACCUUAAAGUACCUUUUUUUGUUAUUCAGUGAUGAUAAAGAUUUAUUUCCCUUUGAAAAAUAUGUAUUUAAUACAGAAGCCCAUCCUUUACCAGUUCGUGAUUUCCUGGGGAAGGCAGUGCAAUAAAUCAUGUUUAUAUAAAAUUUUAAAAUUUAAAAGAUAUGGAGGUAUUUAUUUUUACGUCUAUAAACGAAAAAUCCUUUUGCUACUCAUGAUAUCAAAAAAAGCAUGUGGACUACGAGAUCUCGCAAGGAAAGUAGUGUUUAUUUCAGAAGUAAUAAAGUAUAUUUCUUACAAGGAAUGGGGUAAUUUCACAAGGAAUAAUGUACAGUUUAUAUCUUACAAGGAGUACUGUAUACAGUUUCACAUAGAGUGAGGUAUUUAUUGCACAAGGAAUUAGGUAUUUAUUUAAUUAGGACUGUUGUAUUUAUUAGGGAAUAAGAUUCAGUUUAUAUCUCGCAAGGAAUACUGUAUAUCACAUAGAAUGAGGUAUUUAUCUCGCAGGGAAUUGGAUAGAAUUUAUCUAACAAGAACCGAGGUAUUUAUUUCAUUUAUGUAGCAAGAUGAUAUACAGUAUAUCUCACCUAGAUAUUUCAGUGUAUAGGGUAUCUAUCUCACAAGAAAUGAAAAAAAAAUAUGUCUUUCAAUGAAUGAGAUCCAGUGAUCGUUUUAGAAGGAAUAAAAUGUUCAUUUUUCAAGAAAUAAAUAUUUAUUUCACAGAGAAACGAGAUAAAUAUCUCACAAGGAAUGAGAUAUUUAUCUUUCAAUGAACUAAAUGCUUAUCUCACCAAGAAUGAGAUUGUUGUCUUUCAAGAAAUUAGAUCCUUAAGAAAUGAAAUACAGUAUUUCCUGAAGACAUGGAUUGUUAUCUUGAAAAACCUCGUAUGUUCUCAUAUAAAGACUGGUAAUGAAAUUUCAUUAUUUUUUCAGAUUUUAUAAUUUGUAGUGAAAACAUUUAAAGAAAUUAUGUUUCCAAAAAGGAUGCUGUACUCCAAAGAAUUAAGGAAAAACAUUUUUUUCCAUCAAAAAUUUAAAAUAUUUAUUAAAGCAAUAGACAAUCUUUUAAAUAGAUAAUUACUUCAUUAAGAUUGAGUGAAACUGCAAUAGCCGAUUCACUGUACAGAAAAAUGUUACAUGCCUUCCAAGCUAGGGAUGACUUGCUAACGUCACCUGCACAUUUCGUUCAUACGAAUGCGUAGGUGAGGUGAGCAUGUGUCGCAUGUAAAAUCUGUUUAACACUGUAUAUCAGUUGUUUAGCAAGGUUUGUACUUACUUGGGUGAAGACAACUGUAUCUUGUUAUUCAGUAAUAGCUUGGGGAGCCUGUGUAAUAUAUAGCUCAUGUCCUUUGUAACAUUUUUUUGUGUGUGGAUGGUGUACAAUAUAACAAUGUAUAUUAUUUAUAGGGGAAAGUAUACAUGUUAUAAACAAAACAAUUUAAUUAUGAUGCCAUAUAGAAAGAGCAAUGUACACUCAAUUUGUAUGGUUAAAUCUUAAUGAGCAAAAUGUUUUUUCAGUGCAGACUUGUUAACAUCUGCACUGUGAAAUAAGCACUGCAAGCCUACUCUAUAUAUUCAAGGUGGAUUAGGUGCUAUAUAAAUUUCAUGUUAUUGUUAUGUUAUUAUUAUUAUUAUUGUUGAUAUUAUAAUUAUUAGUAGAUUAGCAAGUACCUAUUUUUUAUGUAUAAGGUGAAUCUUGAUAAACUAGAAUGAGUGAAUCUUAUAUCUCUUAAUAGAGAAAAAUCUUACAUAUUUCUUUAUAAUAUUAAUUUUCUUUAUUACAAGAAAAUUGAAUAAUCUGCCUUGCAGAUGUUAAAUUCCAUUUAAUAAGUGAGUUAUGGGGUCAUUCAUAUUUUUAUAAUUUUCAAGGGAGUUCAAAACAUAACUCUUUUUUGCGGCCAUCAUCAUUAUUUUAUUUUUUUAAAGAGAGUAUAUACACAGUUGACCUCCUCCCCUAGCAUUGGCCUAUAUUGUAUAUUCUUGUGAAAAUGAUGAGAAAAUGUAUAACAUGUAACAUUUCAGGUAUUUAAAUCAGCAUUCAUUUUUACAAGAAAUUUUUAAUAGCUUUGGUACUGAAAAAAAUAUAUAAUGAGUGUACAGAUUUGAGAUGGCAUUUUAUUAUAUUCAUAAGAAACUUAACGUUUUUGAAAUAUACUGUAUAUUUGUAAUUUAAAUGUAAUGUAAUGAACUUGCUAUGAUACUAAAUUUUAGGUACUGUUUGGCCUUUUUAUAUUUGAUAUGAUCAAUUUUCUCUCCAGUUGCUCCCUCCUUACUCUUCUCGCUUUCCUCCCUCAUAAUUUACCGCUGCCACAUGUUACUCCUCUCCGAUCCCCCAUCCUGUCUCCACCACCUUAUCAUUUAAUUCAUUAAUAUAUAUAUACAGUAUAUAUAUAAUGUGCCUUUUUAUUCAAUUUAUUUACUUAUGGCAUUGAUUUAGGUCAAAAAAGGGUUUGUGUUGCCCAACAUGAUUGAUUAAAAAUGUUUUUUUUUUUUUUUUAAUAUAUAUACUUUUUCUAUAAGAUGAGUUCAAUAUACUGGUAUAAUAUAAAAAAAAUGCCUUUUCAAACUUCUAUUAAGUAAUUAGAUACCUUGCCCAUAGAUUUUAACCAUUGGCUACCAUUAUACCAGCUAAAUAAUGCAUGGACAUAAACAUCGCUUGGCCUUUUUGUCUUUGGGAUGUGAUUACAAGUGAAUAGAUGAAAGAGUGAGUAAGAGUUGCAUAUUUCUUUUAUUUAUAAAUGAGGAUUUUGUAGGUAUGUGUUUUUUUCCACACAGUUAUGUUGCAUUCAUGACAGCAUAUCAACAUACACAACUUUUAUCUACUUAAGUAUUUGUAUAUUAACAACUGAAUUGUAAUGAAUAGAGAAUAAAUUGUAAUGAGUUUCUUAAAUCUAACUAUUACCAUUAUUUGGAUAAGAUAUAAAAAAGUCAUUUGCUUUUAGUAUGUGUAAUUAUUUUAUAAUGUAUUCUCUGCUGCUAUAGCAACACCAGGGUUGUGCCCUCCUGCAAUCGGUAUAUUUGAUCAUGUACUGUACCAACCAUUCCUUCAUGGUAUGCUGUACCGACUACAAGGUUGUGUCCUGCAAUUAUUUGACCAUGUGAGUACAGUACACUAGUAUGUAUGCUAGCUCUACACCAAGUUACUACAGUCAUGGAGGAUAUUUCCUCCAUGCUACAGUAAAGGACUGCCUGGAAUCAAUAUAAUUGAACAUCUUGGGAAUACAGUGUAUGAUUACUGACAAUGAAACAGUUCACUUCAAUCAGCUUAGUUGUUGCUCUGGAUUUGUGUAGUAUUUUUCUUAUAAACAUCAUUUGUAAUACAAUGUUAGUUUACAUUGCUAUUCUUAUUGGGUUAUCUCAUGCUAUCUUAGGUGAGACUUGGUUAAUCAAUUUAAAAAGUUCUCUGGGGGUUUUUUUACUCAAAAAUUAGUUAUAGAUUUGGAUUAUAUUGAUUUAAAAUUUUAUACUUUUUGUUGAUGUUCCAUUAAAUUAUUUUUUAAAUUGA